AUGGCGGAGUCGCUGCGGCCCUUCCGCCUGCGCGGCUGCGGCGGCCCGCAGAAGUUCGGGGUGGCGGCCGGGAGCCUGCGUGGGUUGCUGAGGAAAGGCUGCCGGCUGCUGCAGCUUCCCUUGGCAGGCAGCCGCCUUUGCCUCUACGAGGACGGCACGGAGCUGACCGAGAGCUUCUUCCGAGCGCUGCCGCCGCAGACGGAGCUGGUGCUGCUGGGCCCCGGAGAGAGCUGGCGGGGCUGUGCCGGCGACAUCGAGCGGCUCCUGGCCGCGUUCUGCAGCCAGCAGGGCGCUGUGGUGGAGGCUGCGCGGAGGCUGCUGACGGACGAGCGGGCUCCCCACAGGCAGAAGCUGCUGGCGGAUCUCAUCCACAACCUGAGCGAAAACAUCCUGGCCGAGGACAAGGAAGACGACAAGAAAUGGUUUGAAGGGCUGGAGUCUCGGUUCAAGAACAAAUCCAGCUACAUGAGGCACAGCUGUGAGAGCAGAAUGCGGGGCUACAUGAGAGAGGUUAGUGGUUUUAUUUCAAACGUUCAUCCUGCAGCACGAGAUGCCUACAGAGGGAUAAUCGACCUGAUGGCAGAUAAACUGAAAUCUGUGAAGUACAACGGGUGCUACUUUGACAGAAGGGAGGAGGAGGAGGCAGCACGCCUGUGCACCGCAGAGGGGUGGUUCUCCUGUCAGGGACCUUUUGACAGAGAUGACUGCCCAUGUAAGCAUUCCAUCAACCCCUACAGCAACAGGGAAAGCAGGAUCCUCUUCAGCACCUGGAAUCUCGACCACAUAAUUGAGAAGAAACGUGCUGUUGUCCCAGAACUGGCAGAAGCUGUCAAAACACGAGAUGGGAGAGAAGUGAACUGGGAAUACUUCUAUCAGUUGCUGUUUACCCUGGAUAAUUUAAAACUUGUACAUAUUGCUUGCCAUAAGAAAACCAAUCAUAACCUCAGCUGUGACAAAACCAGAAUUUACAGAAAGAGGAAGCAAAUCCAUGAGAUUUCCUAGUGCUGUCUCUGGAAGGGACCUGCUGCUUUUUUCAAUCAUGUCAGUCUGUUGUUUUUAAAUAGCUCAAAUUUCUUAAAUAAGAACUAUUUGAGAGUCCCUGGCACAAGACUGGCUGGGUAACCCAACCAGAGCCUCACAAAGCACACUCCAAUAUCCAUUUAAUUCUCCUCUCCUGCCUUCCCACUCCUUACAAGCUUCCCUCAGUUCCAUUCAAGUGUGAUAACGGUAUAAAAUGAGCUGACACUGAUUCUACCCUGUCAUCUCAGGCCAGCGUUGGCCCAAAACUCACAGUAUACAGAAAUGAAACUUGGACAAAACAUUUCUUACAAACGAACCUGCAGGGGCUCAUAGACUCCUAUUUCUCUGGAGAUUAAGCCAAACAAAGGAUUUAGGAUCAUGUUUUACUCUGUGCCUUUUGCAGGUAGCAACCAGUGUAUUUCAGGAACGCCAAAGGUGGUUCAGCAGCAAAGCUGCCACCUCACUUGUGCCAAACUCCUGCCCUCAUCCCCACCUGCUCCUUUGCCACUGCUUCAGACAUACAUGUCCCAGAAAGAGGAGCAAGGCCAUGGCAUAUUCCCACAUUUUUGCUUUUCCCACCUUUGAUUGCCAUCGCCCUCUCCUUUCUAACACUUCCUCCCUCUUCAGCUUGAGUUUGCUUGACACACAACCAGCAAGGACAGCUAUAAUGAUCAUGUUUACAGUAAUGUUCACCCACUGCCUUGGAGAAUAUUGCUUUGGUAAAACAUUUCCUACCUCAGGCAGCAAAUCAGGAAUAGUUCAAUUUUUUACUUGAAUUUUUUUUUAUACCAGCUGAUAACAACUGAACUUUUGGAAUUGUCAGUGUAAACCGUGUGAACUUUUUAAAUAAAAAAAAAAUGCCCUUGCA